AUGGAGCUCAAGGAGUGUUGGGACAAUGUUCUCCAGGUGGGAAUCCUGGGGAUUGUUCUUGUGCAGGCCCAGGAGCUGGACCUGAUGAUUCUUUCUCAGCAGUCGGAUAACAACUGCCAGGUCUCUGUUGGUGGAGUUUUCCAAAAUCUGACUCUCAGUAGUCUGACACGUGUGGUGGUUAUUGAACAAAGGAGCGAGCAAUUCUCAUGGAAAACCAUCUGGAACUACAACACGGGUAUCAUUGCAACCAAACUGGUGCAACAGAACACCUGCUACAUUUCUGUCAUGAACAGAAAUGAGAUGCCCAGCUUCAAGAAUCUGGCCCACCUGGCUUCACAGAACGGGAACCAGGUUGGCCUUGGAAGACCUACCAAGAAGAUCACCUUUGUCACCAAUGGAUUGGUCAGCAACCUCAACUCCUACGGAAGAGACAUCACGGCUAUGUGCAGUGGACUCACCACCUACAUGGCUACUGAAGUUCACAGACCCCAGCUGAAUCUGGGAUCAUGCAUUACCCUUGAAGUCCUGAGGAUUGUGGAGCUGAAGUACUGCAAUGGCAAUGGCAAUUGGAAUGGCAAUUUCCCGGUGAGAAAACCUUAG